AUGCCCGUCCUUGUCAUUAUGGGAGUUAGUGGUUGCGGCAAGUCGUCGGUGGGCGCCGCUGUGGCCCAACAGCUGGGCGAGGGUUGGCUCUUCGCCGAUGCCGACGCGUACCACCCGCAGGCCAACAUCGACAAAAUGGCGAGCGGGCAGCCCCUCAACGAAGUGAAUGUGGACAGAACAGAUGACGAUAGGGAGCCGUGGUUGAAGAAGCUGGCCGAGUGCAUCGACGAGUGGAACGCACAAGGCAAAGGUGCAGUGCUGGCCUGCUCGGCGCUGAAGAGGAAGUACCGCUCGAUGCUGCUCGGACCCAACGAAAAGGGCCAAAGCGAACUGAUCGCCGAGCGGAUGGCGCGCAGAGAAGGCCACUUCAUGAAGCAGCAGAUGCUCGUCAGCCAGCUGGCCGCCCUGGAGCCGCUGCAGGAGGACGAGCGUGGCGUUGUGAUAGAAGACGUCUCUGCGCCGCCGGACCAGAUCGCAGCCGACAUCCUACGACGGAUCGGGGAGCUGAGCAGCUCGUAG